UGCUGCUCUCAAGUGGCACUGCGAGUGAUGGAGGCAGCCCGCGCCGUACCAGGGGCUCUACAAACGCAGAACAAAGGGGCUUCGCCCCCAAAGAGAUCGCAACUGAAAUCUAAGGCAUAAAGGAACAGCUGAAUCCACAGAGGCAGGGGAGUCUGGUUUUGUUCUCGCCGCGCUUUCGCACAGGCAAGAAGCAGGCAGGGCUGAACUUUUGCAGGAAGAAAAAAAUGGUCAUAAUUUUGCACUCUUGUUUUUAAAACUAGUCUGUUUUGUUUCCAGGGCAGACCUUUGUCGCAGUGCUGAAAAGAACUCUAAUUCUCCCACCUGUUGUUUUUCCCCAUUGCUCACUCAGGCUCUCCCAUACAUACAUCCUGUUUGCACACGGAAACUGCUGGGAACAUGGCUGGUGAUUUUAUUUUGCUUGCGGCUGUCUCUCUUCUUUCCGCCUUCCAGCAAUGUUAUUUUGCUUGGCUGGUGGGGAAAUCAAGAAUGAAGCACAAGGUCAUGCCCCCAGCUGUCACUGGAGCUCCAGAAUUUGACAGAAUGUUUCGUGCACAACAAAACUGUGUGGAGUUUUACCCAGUAUUUCUGGUUGGCCUCUGGACUGCAGGAUGGUUUUUUAAUCAAGAAUUAGCUUCCUUUCUGGGUGUGUUGUACGUGUUUGCCCGCUACAAGUACUUCCAUGGUUACGUCCAGUCUGUGAAAGGAAGGUUAACAGGCUUUUAUUUGAAUUUGAUAGUUCUAAUUUGCUUGAUAGCCCUGGGUGCAGCUGGGAUUGUUAGCAGCUUUCUGGAUGAAUACCUGGACUUCAGCAUUAUGAAGAAAGUCCGUAAAUUGCUCUGAAGACUGACUGUCUUUUUGAGAAAUAAAUAAAUAAAUAACGUGGAUGCCUGCCCUGGACACCAAAAAGAUGAUAAGCUGCAUGUGAAUAAAGCAUCAGAGCUCUUUACUAACA